AUGAAGAUCUUGAGAGGUAAAAUGUUUUUUCUACUUUUUUCCAUUUAUUUUACUUUGUCCUGAGGUUGUCUGUUCAAGUAUGAUGGCCUUUUUGCAGCAAUCCUGGCCACCCAUUUGCGGCAGGUUUAAUGUUAGGAAGGCUGUCAGCAUUUACAGUUGAUGAUGCUGGUAAAGAAACUUUUGUUACUGGAGGUGCACUAGACCGCAUUCAGAAGGUAAAUUUCAUCACUCAACAGUAAAUUGCCAUUCAUACGUGUAGAUUGCUUCUUUUCCUUUCUGUAUAUUCGAUACUUGCCUUCAUUGAAUAUUAUUCAAUGUGAGACUAUAUUUUUUCAUCAAUUCAUGCUUAUCAUUCCACAAAACUUUUGCAGUCAGUGGAACUUGAACGGUUGGCAUUUUAUUUGGAUUCAGAUAUUUGUCCAUGGAGUAUUGAGAAGCAAUGGGAAGAUUUGCUUCCCUCUGACUGGAGCCAGGUUCGGUUCUUGAAAUGUGUCUAUGACUUCUGUCAAUUGACCUUGCGAUAACAUUUGUUUUCUAUUUGACAGAUCUUUGAAUUGGCGGGCAAUCAUAGUUAUUCAGAAAAAGUUGCAGAAAACCACUGCUAUGUUCUGCAACCUGUGACAGGGAAUGCGAGGUACACAAAGCUGAGAACAGAGAAAUCUAGGAACAUGGGACAACCGCUGCAAAAAGCAAUUAUUAACUUGGAGGAUGUGACAUUGUGCUUAUCAGAGGUUGAUCUUAAUUUUAUCCCUUCUGUGAAUCAGGAUAAUUCAUUACUGAUUUGGAUUAACUUCUUGUGCUGUAGGACGGAUACAAGGACAUUUUGAGGUUGGCUGAUAAUUUUGCAGCAUUUAAUAAGCGGUUGAAGUAUGCACAUUAUCGCCCUCAUGCUCCAAUAAGUGUUGACCCAAGAUCUUGGUGGAAGUAUGCCUACACAGUUGUGACAGAUGAGUCAGAGAAGGCGAGGUACUGGAGGCUAGUCUACUUGGUAUUUCUAAAAUUUUCUUUGUAUUUUUAUUUUAAUGAUAGAAUAUUGUGUCGAGAGUUCACUUUUUCUUUUGGUUGUCUCUUUCUGCUAUUGGUGUCUUAUAGAGAUUCAGGGUUUUGUUUCGUGUGCUUGAGCCAACAUUGUUGGAACUAAAAAUUGAAACUCUAAAUAUGAUGUUUCAGGUUUUAAAAAAAGAAAACAUGUAUCUCAGUUUCUCCCAUUUUACACUAAAAAUAUUCGACAGAUUUUGAAAAGACUAGACUGAAUCUAUGAGCUGCUUGUCGCUUUGUAUUACCCAAUUACAGACAUGUGGAACUGGAUUUACAACAUUACUGACAUGGUUUUAAUGAAACGACAAAACUUGGGACAUAUUAUGUUAUUAAUUGGUUUCGAAUAUAAGCUUGGAAGAUGUUAUUGGAUAAGUCUUGGGUAGCCUCAUUUUUUUCUUAUACUUCAGGCAGGGAAUUGGCUAGUUUAUUUCCCGAUUCAAGAUUUAGUGAAUGAAAAGAUAGAAGAAGACAUAACAAAUAUUCAGUUAAUGUUUCUACAUUUGGCAUGGAAGUCAUUUCUGCACGGUUUGUGCAGAUAUAAUGAUAGGAACCCAGAUCAAAGAACUAUGAAUAAUUCCUAUUAGAUGAAAGAAAUAAUCUCUAGAACAGAAAUACCAAAGAUAAAGUACAGUAAAAGAACCUAGAACAAAUGGAGGGUCGCAUACAACCCUAGAACCCAGAAUAGAUGGAGGGUCGCAUACAACCCUCCAACCCUUUCUCGUAGAUGCAUGAGAUACUAACUCCAAUUUUACUCCCCCUUCCUUCCUCAUCCACCCAUCCUUAUAUCUUCUCCUUUCCCUCUAUUAUUUAGGCAGUUAGUCUCCUACCAUAACUGCUCUUGCCAUAACCACUCUUUGCCAUAACUGUGCCUUCCCUCAAUUAUGCUAACCGUUAUUGACUUAUUGGGCUUUGGGCCUUCUUCAUUCUAGCAUAUGUGCGUGGAGCCUUAUCAUACAACUUCAUAUCAUGUUCGUUACUUAAGUCAAUUAUGGAGUGUCUCAAUUGGCUGAUGUUAGGACCAUAAGGUCAUUUUUUAAAAAUUUGUCCAAAAUAUCUGACAUACAGAAUAGGCUAACUUUGACAGAAAAAUAAUGGAGAGAAUUACAACCCAGCAGCAGUGUAUGCAGUGUUCAUCAAUUUACAGUGUCAUCACUUGGAAUAUGUAUCAUCCACACACAAUUCUAAUAGUUGGUCUUUAAAAAGUCUGCUACCAAACACGUGCAUGGUUGUAUCCUGAUCAUGUAA